UGCUAAGUAGUUCACCCUCAGGAAAUUGUAAGCACAGUUGGGAAUCUAGUCCGUCCUCCUGUACUCGGGCAAAAUUCUCCAUUCUCCUGAUAGUUACAUGUCCACCCCCUCAUUCAGUAUUCACCAAUCUCGGUCCAGUCACCUGAUAGGUGAAUACCUUUCUGGCAAAGGUAUUUCCAAGGGUAAGUGGGGGGAUGACUCAUCAACACUCAUUCCCUGCACAGCUUAGACUCAGCUUAGCUCCAUUUCUGCACUUUAUGGUUUCUUCCUUUCCAGAGAAGGGAUAACAACUCCAGAAAUAAGCUCCGCGGGAAUAAGAGAAAGCUUAGAGGGGAGGGAGCCCCAGGGAGGAUUUGAAGAAGCAAAUCAGAGAGGCGGAAGCAGAUAGGGGGAAAGGGGCGGUGGAGGGAGUGGGGCAGCCUGGGAGGAGUUGGAGGUGGAGGAGAACCCGAGCCGGGGGCGGGGCCUGUAGUCCUGGUCUGCAAAAGGCCUCCUUCUCCUGGGGGAGGGACAGGGCGGGGCUAUGAGGACCAGAAAGGCACUCGCAGAGGGGGUUGUCGGGAAGCUUCCUGCCCUUCGGGCCGCCCUCCCUUCCCGCGGACCGCUGAUUAGUUUGACAUCUGGAAGGUAGAACCGCGCAUUUCCCAGGGUGAAUCUCUGAGUGGAGCAGCCCUGGAUCCUGACCCCAUUCCCUAAAGAGAAGUAAAUUUCAAGCUUUUCUCCUUAAUGCCUCCCUGAUUUACAUGCCCAGGCUUCCAGUUGGCAGAGAAGAUGUGAUCUCGUAUUUUAAGCAGAGGGAAGCCCCCUGGGUGCUGGAUCAAGAAGGCUUGAGGAGCUGCUCUCCAGAGCAAGAGAAGAGCAUUGAAAUGAAGGACACUACUGAGGAAAUAAGCCUUUCUGGGGUAAAACCUCACAGGCCACCAUCCAUAAGUCCCUGUGACUUCACUUGGAGAGAAAUCUGUGUUACACAAGAGAAAAUUCAAACUGGCAAGAAAUCUUAUGAAUGUAACUACUGUGGAAAGUGUUUUAGACAAAAGGGAAUUCUUAUUAGACAUGAGAGAAUCCACACUGGAGAGAAACCUUAUGAUUGUAAUCACUGUGGAAAAGCUUUUAGAAGCAAGGGAACUCUUACUGUACAUCAGAAAAUACACACUGGAGAGAAACCUUAUGAUUGUAACCACUGUGGAAAGGCCUUUAUACAGAAGGUAGCACUUGUUACCCAUCAGAGAAUCCACACUGGAGAGAAACCUUAUGAAUGUAACCAUUGUGGAAAGGGUUUUACAAGCAAGGUAGCUCUUAUUCGACAUGAGACAAUCCACACUGGGGAGAAACCUUAUGAAUGUAACUGUGGAAAGUCUUUUAGAUGCAAGGAAGGUCUUACUGUACAUCAGAGAACGCAUACUGGAGAGAAACCUUAUGAAUGUAACUGUGGAAAGUCUUUUAAAUGCAAAGGAGAUCUUACUAUACAUCAGAGAAUCCACACUGGGGACAAUCCUUAUGAAUGUAACCUCUGUGGAAAAGCUUUUAGAAGCAAGAGACAUCUUACUAUACAUCAGAGAAUACACAGUGGAGAGAAACCUUAUGAUUGUAACCAUUGUGGAAAGGCUUUUAGAAUCAAGAAGAUUCUUAUUAUGCAUCAGAGAAUUCACACUGGGGAGAAACCUUAUGAAUGUAACCAAUGUGGAAAGGCUUUUAGAUACAAGGGAUAUCUUACUGUACAUCAGAGAAUCCACACUGGAGAGAAACCUUAUGAAUGUAACCACUGUGGAAAGGCUUUUAGAUGCAAGAGAGAUCUUACUCUGCAUCAGAGAAUACAUAGUGGAGAGAAACCUUAUGAUUGCAACCACUGUGGAAAGGUUUUUAGCAUCAAGAAGAUUCUUAUUAUACAUCAGAGAAUUCACACUGGGGAGAAACCUUAUGAUUGUAACCAUUGUGGAAAAGCUUUUAGAUGCAAGAGACAUCUUACUGUACAUCAGAGAAUACACAGUGGACAGAGACUUUAUGAAUGUAACCAGUGUGGAAAGGAUUUUAGAUACAAGAGAAAUCUUACUGAACAUCAGAAAGUACACAUUGGAGGGAAAUCUCAUGAUUGUAACCAUUGUGGAAAGGCUUUUAGCACCAAAAGGGAUUGUAUUAUACAUCAGAGAAUACACACUGGAGAGAAACCUUAUGAAUGUAACCAGUGUGGAAAGGCUUUUAGAAGCAAGGGAUAUCUUACUUUACAUCAGAGAAUACACAGUGGAGAGAAACCUUAUAAAUGUAACCAGUGUGGAAAGGCUUUUAGAAGCAAAGGGUAUCUUACUGUACAUCAGAGAAUCCACACUGGAGAGAAACCUUAUGAAUGUAACCACUGUGGAAAGGCUUUUAUAUACAAGGGAUAUCUUACUCUGCAUCAGAGAAUACACAGUGGAGAGAAACCUUACGAAUGUAACCAGUGUAGAAAGGCUUUUAGAAGGAAGAGCGAUCUUAUUGUACAUCAGAGAACCCACACUGGAGAGAAACCUUACGAAUGUAACCAGUGUAGAAAGGCUUUUAGAAGGAAGAGCGAUCUUAUUGUACAUCAGAGAUCCCACUCUGGGGAGAAGGCUUAUGAAUGUAUCCAAUGUGGAAAGGCUUUUAGAUACCAGGGACUUCUUACUGUACAUCAGAGAAUCCACACUGGAGAGAAACCUUAUGAAUGUAACCAGUGUGGAAAGGCUUUUAGAAGGAAGAGCGAUCUUAUUAUACAUCAGAGAUCCCACCCUGGGGAGAAGGCUUAUGAAUGUAUCCAGUGUGGAAAGGCUUUUAGAUAUCAGGGAGUUCUUACUGUACAUCAGAGAAUCCACACUGGAGAGAAACCUUAUGAAUGUAACCAUUGUGGAAAGGCUUUUAGAUGCAAGAGAGCUCUUACUCUGCAUCAGAGAAUACACAGCGGAGAGAAAGCUUAUGAUUGUAACCACUGUGGAAAAGUUUUUAGCAUCAAGAAGAUUCUUAUUAUACAUCAGAGAAUUCACACUGGAGAGAGACCUUAUGAUUGUAACCAGUGUGGAAAGGCUUUUACAAGGAAGAGCGAUCUUGCUGUGCAUCAGAAAAUCCACUCUGGGGAGAAGCCUUAUGAAUGUAUACAACGUGGAAAGGCUUUUAGCUACAAGGGAGAUCUUGCUGUACAUCAGAAAAUCCACUCUGGAAGGAAAUCUUAUGAGUUGGUGACAUUCAGGGAUGUGGCUGUGGACUUCACCCAGGAGGAGUGGGAUCUCUUGGACCCUCCCCAGAAGGAGUUGCACAAGGAAGUCAUGUUGGAGAAUGCCCAGAACCUGCUGUCCCUGGGGCUUCCAGUUCCCAGAGAAGACGUGAUCUCGUAUUUUAAGCAAAGACAAGUACCCUGGAUGCUGGACCAAGAAGGCCUGAGGAGGCGCUCUCCAGAGCAAGAGGUCAGCAUUGAAAUGAAAGACCCUACUGAGGAGAUAAGCCUUUCUGUGGGAGAACCUCAGAGGCCACCAUCCAUACGUCUAUGUCAAUUCACUUGGAGAGAAAUCGGUAUUACACAAGAGAAAAGUCAAACUGACAAGAAAUGUUAUGAAUGUAACCAAUGUGGAAAGACUUUUAGAAAAAAUGCAUUUCUUAUUAUACAUGAGAGAAUCCACACUGGAGAGAAACCUUAUGAUUGUAACCACUGUGGAAAGGCUUUUACAACCAAGGGAAAUCUUACUGAACAUCAGAGAAUCCACACUGGAGAGAAACCUUAUGAAUGUAACCAGUGUGGAAAGGCUUUUACAACCAAGGGAAAUCUUAAUGAACAUCAGAGAAUCCACACUGGAGAGAAACCUUAUGAAUGUAACCACUGUGGAAAGGCUUUUAGCAGCAAGGGACCUCUUAUUAGACAUGAGAGAACCCACACUAGAGAGAAAUUUUAUGAAUGUAACCAGUGUGGAAAGGCUUUUGCAAGCAAGAGAAAUCUUAUUGAACAUCAGAGAAUCCAUACUGGGGAGAAACCUUAUGAAUGUAAACACUGUGGAAAGGCUUUUAGAAGCAAGGAACAUCUUAUUACGCAUCAGAGAAUCCACAAUGGAAAGAAACGUUAUGAAUGUAACCACUGUGCAAAGACUUUUAGAAGCAAGGAACAUCUUAUUGCGCAUCAGAGAAUCCACACUGGAGAGAAACCUUAUGAAUGUAAAUACUGUGGAAAGGCUUUUACAAGGAAGGCACAUCUUACUGCGCAUCAGAGAAUCCACACUGGAGAGAAACCUUAUGAAUGUAAAUACUGUGGAAAGGCUUUUACAAGGAAGUCACAUCUUACUGAACAUCAGAGAAUCCACACUGGAGAGAAACCUUAUGAAUGUAACCACUGUGGAAAGGCUUUUAGAAACAAGAGUAAUGUUAUUGAACAUCAGAGAAUCCAUAAUGGAGAGAAACCUUAUGAAUGUAACCACUGUGAAAAGGCUUUUAGAAGCAAGGGAAAGCUUACUGAACAUCACAGAAUCCACACUGGAGAGAAAUCUUAUGAGUGUAACCACUGUGGAAAGGCUUUUAGAACCAAGAGCGAACUUAUUAGACAUGAGAGAAUCCACACUAGAGAGAAACCUUAUGAAUGUAACCAGUGUGGAAAGGCUUUUAGCAGUAAGGGAUAUCUUAUUAUACAUGACAGAAUCCACACUGGAGAGAAACCUUAUGAAUGUAACCAGUGUGGGAAGGCUUUUACACAAAAGGGCCAUCUUAUUAUACAUCAGAGAAUCCACACUGGGGAGAAAUGUCAUGAUUGUAAGCAAUGUGGAAAGGCUUUUAGAAGCGAGGAAGAUUUUAUUACACAUCAGAGAACCCACACUGGAGAGAAACCUUAUGUAUGUAACCAGUGUGGAAAGGGUUUUGCCAGCAAAGCAUAUCUUAAUAUACAUGAGAGAAUCCAUACUGGAGAGAAACCUUAUGAGUGUAACCAGUGUGGAAAGGCUUUUAAAGACAAGGGAUAUCUUAAUAUACAUGAGAGAAUCCAUACUGGAGAGAAACCUUAUGAAUGUAACCAGUGUGGAACGGCUUUUAGAAGGAAACGAUAUCUUACUGAACAUCAGAGAAUCCACACUGGAGAGAAAUCUUAUGAAUGUAAGCAGUGUGGAAAGGCUUUUAGACAAAGGGCAUCUCUUACUGAACAUCAGAGAAUCCACUCUGGAGAGAAACCUUUUGAAUGUAACCAGUGUGGAAAAGGUUUUAGAGGAAAAGGAGAGCUUACUGUACAUCAGAGAAUCCACACUGGAGAGAAACCUUAUGAAUGUAACCAGUGUGGAAAGGGGUUUAGAAGGAAGGGACAUCUUACUGAACAUCAGAGAAUCCACACUGGAGAGAAACCUUAUGAAUGUAUCCAGUGUGGAAAGGGUUUUAGCCGCAAGAAAAAUCUUAUUACACAUGAGAGAAUACACACUGGGGAGAAACCUUAGGAAUGUAACCGCUGUGGAAAGGCUUUUAUACUAAAGGACUAUCUUAUUCUCCAUAAGAGCAUCUGCACUUUUGAAAAUCCUUAUGAAUGUAACCAAUGUGGAAACUUUUAGAUUCCGGAGAAGUCUUUAUGGACAUCAGAAAAUCCACACUGGAGGAAAAUUUUAUGUAAGUAAUGAAUAUGGAAAGAGUUUUGAAGAAAAAUCUGAUUGGUUCUUGCCAGCUUUGUGAAGAAAUGUAAAGGCAUUAAAAUAAGGAGGAAAAUGAAUUUGGUAGAGAGCACUGGGACAGAACAGCCUGCAGAAGUCAGCCAGAUCCUUUAUAUGAGAAGGUCUUUCUUCUCAUGACUUGUAUUGUUUUGUGCUUCUGCAUUGAAUUGUUCAACAAUAUAGGUACUGUCUUUGGAGUCAGUAACCAUGGGUUUUUUUCUCGUGAGAAUGUAUAAAAACUUUGCUUUGCUUCUAGAGAUCUUUCCAGCUUUUUUUAUUAAAUAGUGAACCCUCACCAUUUCUGAACCACACGCAAGGAAAGAUAAUGACGUAUGUUGAAGGGAAUCGUGGGAAAAUUGGGACACUAAUACAUUGUUGGUAGAGUCGUGAAUUGAUCCAGUCAUUCUGGAAAGCAAUAUGGAACUAUGCCCAAAGGGCUAUCACAGUGUGCGUAACCUUUGAUCCAGCAGUGUCUCCACUGAACUUGUAUCCCAAAGAGAUUAUAAAGAAGGGAAAAGGCCUUCCACAUAAGCAAAAAUGUUUGUAGCUGCCUUUUCUGUAGUGGAGAGAGGGCUGUGGAGAUUAAGAAAGCAUCAUAACCUAGUAUUUCACCUUUUUUUUUUUUUUGGUAGUUUGCUUGCAUUGGUUUUCUUUCUCCUUUUUUCCCCCUUUUUCAUCAGAUUUUUCUUCCACAGCAUAAAAGUUGUGUAAGUAUGUAUAGAAGAAUGGUACAUGUUUUAACAUACAUUGGAUUACUUGCUAUAUAAAGGAGGGGAUUGGGGAAGGAAGGGAGAAACAAUUUGGAAAACAAGGUAUUGCAAGGGUGAAUGUUGACAAUGAUCUAUGCAUAUAUUUUGAAAAUAAAGGUUUCAUUAAAAAAAAGAAAUAA